ACUGUCACGCUGGCAGCUCAUGAGGAGAGGAGAGCCGGUAAUCAGCAUUCCUCGGAAGGGACAUGUACACAGAUCAUCAGAGCACUGAUGAUCACAUCAGCAGUGCCACCUGUCAGUGUCCAUCAGUGCCAGCUGUCAGUGCUCAUCCAUGCCACCUGCCAGUGCCCAUCAGUGCCACAUGUCAGUGCCUAUCAGUGCCACAUCAAUGCCACAUAUCAGUGCCCAUCUGAGCUGCCUUUCAGUGUCACCCAUCAGUGCCAGUCCGUGCCACCUAUCAAUGCCAGUCAGUGCCACCUAUCAGUGCUGCCAAUCAGUGCCACCUAUCAGUGCCAGUCAGUGCCGCCUAUCAGUGUGCAUCAGUGCCUGUCAGUGCUGCCUAUCAGUGCCGUCUAACAGUGCC